AUGCCUCUCCUCAGUUUUUCUGGGGAUCUGGUCCAGCCAGUCAGCAGCAUCAGUCUGCCCAUCGCUUUCGGCGUCGCUCCCAGGAAAAAAAUGACCUACGACCAAUUCCUCAUCGUCGACUGCCCAAUGGCAUACAACGUCAUCAUAGGACGAACGGCACUCACCAGGGUCAAAGCCCACUUGUCCCCCCACAUGUUGCUGAUGAAGUUCCCUACCCGCAACGGUAUAGGCGUCAUCCGGGGUGACCAGCUUAGCGCAUGGACAUGCUAUGCCACUGCUCUUAAAUCGGUAGCUUGCAAGCUGCCAAUGGAAGCCAUGUCCGUGCAGGGACUACCGAACGGUAGCGGGCCUAUAGAUGACCCAAGAGAGGAAACGACAACGCCGGUGGCACAGCCUGCCAAAGAGCUCGAAACUGUGAUCCUGAACGAGGAUUUACCCGAUCGGUGGGCGAAGGUCUUCGCCUGGUCUUACGACGAUAUGCCCGGCAUAUCACCUGACGUCAUCAGCCACAAACUUAACAUCUCCCCCGCCCAUAAACCAGUUAGACAAAAGCGCCGUUCAUAUGAUGCCGAACGGUACGAGGCUAUGCGUACCGAAGUUGACAAGCUCAAAGCCAUCGGCUUUAUCAGGGAAGCUACGUACCCUGUCUGGCUUGCCAACUCAGUCAUGGUUCGGAAGGCCAAGGGAGGAUGGCGAAUGUGUCAGGAUUAUACCGACCUGAAUAAGGCAUGUCCGAAGGACAGUUUCCCCUUGCCGAGAAUCAACCAGCUCGUUGACGCAACUGCUGGACACGAGCUGCUCAGCUUCAUGGACGCCUAUUCAGGGUACAACCAGAUCUUCAUGGACCCUGCCGAUAGCGAGCAUACGGCAUUCAUCACGGACCGCGGGUUGUACUAUUACAAUGCCAUGCCUUUCGGCCUGAAGAAUGCGGGGGCAACGUAUCAACGGCUCGUCAACCGAAUUUUUGCUAAGCACAUCAGCGGCAUUAUGGAAGUAUAUGUUGACGACAUGUUGGUGAAAAGCCGAACGGCAGGGGGGCAUCUGGAAAACCUAGCCCUCAUGUUCGGUAUACUAAAGGACUACCGAAUGAGGUUGAACCCAACGAAGUGCGCCUUCGGUGUAUCUUCCGGUAAAUUUCUCGAAUUCAUGAUCAACCAAAGAGGAAUCAAGGCCAAUCCUGAGAAAAUCAAAGCCAUAGUCGACAUGGAAACGCCGAAGACACAGAAGGACAUUCAAAGCCUUACCGUACGUGUCGCUGCCCUGACGUUCUUCAUCUCCAAGGCUACCGAUAAGUGCGUGCCAUUCUUCAAAGCCUUGAAAGGGGGCAAACAUCAUAUCGCAUAG